AUGGGUAAUAUCGAAUCGACUCGGACGGACGACAAACACAAGUCUCCAUCACAGAAGACAGGUAAACGGAAGGCAAAAAAGCAGUCGAAAUCCGGGUCUGUUCCUCACAAGCUGAGCCGAGGAACGUCAGAAAUGUCUUACCACACCUAUCCCGUCACUCAGGACUAUCGCAUAAGCAGAAAGGUUCUUGGAGUUGGGAUCAAUGGAAAAGUUGUAGAGUGUGAACAUCGAAUUACCGGAGAGAAAUAUGCUCUCAAAGUACUUCGAGACGUACCGAAAGCCAGAAGAGAGGUUGAUCUACACUACAUGGCAAGCGGGCAUCCAAACAUUGUGGAAAUCGUCGACGUUUACGAGAAUUCCUAUAAUGAUGUGCAGUGUCUUCUUGUAGUAAUGGAAAGUAUGAAAGGAGGGGAAUUGUUCAACCGAAUUCAGGAACGUGGUCAACAGGCUUUCACUGAAAGAGAAGCAGCUAGUAUCAUGUUUGAAAUUUGCUCUGCUGUUGCUCACCUUCACAAGAUGAAUAUUGCUCACAGAGAUAUAAAACCUGAGAACCUUCUUUACGUAGACUCCGGACCAAAUGCUCGACUAAAAUUGACAGAUUUUGGCUUUGCAAAAAGAACAGAUGAGUCGGAACCGCUCGGAUUAGCAACAGCUUGUUAUACGCCAUACUACUGUGCUCCGGAAGUGUUGGGUGCCGAAAAAUAUGAUAAAUCGUGUGACUUGUGGUCGAUAGGAGUCGUUAUGUACAUAUUACUAUGCGGUUACCCACCUUUCUUUUCUCAACACGGGCUUCCUAUGUCUCCUGGAAUGAAGGCUAAAAUAAAAUCUGGUCAAUACACUUUUCCUUCUCCAGAAUGGGAUUGUGUAUCCGAAGCAGCAAAAGAUCUGAUCAAGAAAUUGUUGAAAACCGAUGCAGCUGAGAGAAUUACAAUCGAGCAAACAAUGCAGCACAAAUGGAUAACCCAUUAUCAGAAGGUUCCUGACACCCCUCUUUUUACUAGCAGUGUUCUAGUUGACCAAAAGGCUCAGUGGGGUGAAAUGCAGGAAGAAAUGGAGAAAACGUUGGCAUCCAUGCGUACUCCAAUAACAAACUCCUACAAAAACGAAAGCAGCGUGCAGAAGAAACAAUACAGGAAGCAAACUAAUGACCGAUCAUCGAAUUUCACUCCUUAUUACCGGGGUACUCCAUAUCGUUCACUUAAAAACGUCUAG